AUGUUUUCUCAAGAACUGAAUUCAUCAACAUCAGGUCUUCGAUACUUCGACAUAGAGAGUUCCCAACUUGACUUGAACAAGAAAAGAAAGCGGUCUCAUUUUUAUCGCAAACCAACAGAUGUUGAGUAUUCAGCCCUCGCCCUCCUUAAGCUCUCACGCAGUGGCCAAAGUUUCUGCAACCGUCCAAUUUCCAUUCCCGACACGGUGGAAGCCGUAGAAUGCAAGAAUCCUGUCACGGUCGCCACUACAACCACCGCAAGAAUGGCUACUUCAGCAGCCUUGGGUAAUGUCGAGAAUAUCGAACAUGGUUCUACAGUCAUUAUUGCUUCUCCACUGGCCCAGUACGCGCCUUACGGUUGUACCAUGUACGGCGAGUCUUUUUCAUCCUAUCAAGCCCUAGAUGGCUCCAAAAAAAGGCACCGUCAUAGGCCGCUGAUCACCACCACCAACUCCAACACACUUAAAAUCUCUGCUCCAAACCCUAGCGGUAGGAUUCACCAAUGCUCCGCAAGAAUGGCUACUUCAGCCUUGGGUAAUGUCGAGAACAUCGAAUCUGGUUCUACCGUCAUUAUUGCGUCUCCACUGGCACAGUACGCGUCUUACGCUUGUACCAUGUGCGGCGAGUCUUUUUCAUCCUAUCAAGCCCUCGGUGGCCACAAAACCAGGCACCGUCAUAGGCCGCUGAUCACCUCCAACAACUCUAACACCAUUAAAGUCUCUGCUCCAAACCCUAGCGGUAGGAUUCACCAAUGCUUCAAAUGCAACGAGGUUUUUAACACUGGCCAGGCGUUGGGCGGCCACAUGCGGCGGCACUACGAUGGAGUGAUUGGCGGCGGCAAGAAAACCAAUGUGAUCACUUCCGAGGGCGGCGACUCUAGCGACUGCAACAGCAAUGGGCGUACACCCCAUGAUUUCGAUUUGAACCUUCCCGCCUCACCGGAAACUUGCUUGGGUUUGACUCUUUAUUGUAGCGAGAAUUUUUGA